CCAGACAUCUCUUACUCAAAUGUACGAGUUUGUUUUACAAUUUACUAAAUAUUAACUCCCAGUUUAUAUUUUCAUUGGUUGGUUUUUUGUCCAUUAAAUUCAUUUGAAUAUAAACGACAAAUUUAGUAUGCAGAGAGUGUAACUUUUAAGUAUUUAAGUAAAGAACUGAACUACGACGGAAUUAUAUUUGUAAGGAUAUUUCAAACUGAAGAAAAGACGUAAAGAAUACACGAUGAUAGUCGCUGUGGCCUCAUCAUUUGUCCUUCUACUCAGUUGUUUUGGAAACACGGACGCAGCUGCAUGCGGACAACGAAGUUACGACCCUACCUUCCAGAGUUGUUGCAACGGGGUUAUCAAUUCUAAGGGAUCAAAUGAAGCAUGUUGCGGAACAACACCGUAUAAUUCUACCUUCCAGAUUUGUUGUAAUGACGUCCUUAGUUCUAAAGGAUCAAAUGAAGCAUGUUGUGGAACAACACCGUAUAAUUCUACCUUCCAGAUUUGUUGUAAUGAAGUCCUUAGUUUUAAAGGAUCAAACGGAUCAUGUUGUGGAACAACACCGUAUAAUUCUACCUUCCAGAUUUGUUGUAAUGGCGUUCUAAGUUCUAAAGGAUCAAACGGAUCAUGUUGUGGAACAACACCGUAUAAUUCUACAGGCCAUAUUUGUUGUAAUGAGGUCCUUAGUUCUAAAGGAUCAAAUGGAUCAUGUUGUGGAACAACACCGUAUAAUUCUACCUUCGAUAUUUGUUGUAAUGGCGUCGUUAGUUUUAAAGGUUCGGAUGGAGCAUGUUGUGGAACAAAGCUGUAUAAUCCUACACUUCAGAUUUGUUGUAAUGACGUUCUAAGAUAUAAAGGAUCAAAUGAAGCAUGUUGUGGAACAAAACUGUAUUAUCCUUCAUUUCAUAUUUGUUGUAAUGGCGUCAUAAGUUCUAAAGGAUCAAAUUGAGCAUGUUGUGGAACAAAACUGUAUAAUCCUAUUUUCAGAUUUGUUGUAGUGACGUAUUAAGUUCUAGAGGAUCAAAUGGAGCAUGUUGUGGAACAAGGCCGUAUAAUUCUACAUUUCAAAUUUGCUGUAACGGCGUCCUCAGUUCUAAAGGACCGAAUGAAGCAUGUUGUGAAUCACAGCCGUAUAAUCCUACAUUUCAGAUUUGUUGUAACGGGGUACUCAGAAAUACAAGAUUGAGUAGAGCAUGUUGUGGAACAAGAACGUAUAAUCCUACCUACCACAUUUGAUGUGACGGAGUUCUCAGUUCUAAAGGAUCGAGGACAGCAUGUUGUGGAACAAGGCCGUAUAGUCCUAAAUUUGAGAUUUGUUGUAACGGCGUCCUAAGAAGUUCUAGAGGAUUGAAUACAGCAUGUUGUGGAACAAGGUCUUACAAUCCUUACUCUACGAGGUGUUGUGAUGGACAUUUGUGCUAAAUGUCCUAUAUCAAGUAAUGCAUUUUAAUGAGAAAAAAAACCCGACAUCAAUGAAUGGACUAUUCUUACUGUUUGAUAUUAACAGUUUUUAAACUCAAUGCAACAUGAGCAAAAUAUGUGUAAGUUUCUUUUAACCUGAGCCCAUUAAGUUAGUGGCAUAAAUAGGAAAUAAGGAUAUGGUUUCAUGGUUUAAAAUGCAGCAUGAUAACUUUAAAAUAAAUGGCUGACUAUAACAUUAAAAACAAUAUAUUCCGGAUAAUCGGAAAUACAUGUAGUAUAAGAUUACCAAAUCUUUGUUUAAAGCCCAUUAGAGUCACCCGGUUAGCUGAACAUACUGGUAUAAAGCGUUGGACUGUGAAUCGUACGACCGGGGUUUGAUUCCUGAGCGUUGCAGGUCACUUUCGUUGUGAUUGAACAUGAAAUCUUUUCUAAUGUUAUUCUCACUGUACAUCUGCUCAUGCAUGUACUGAAGUUCCAGUUCCUUGCAAAUGUGGAGGCAUCUUGUACUAAUAGCCUGCACAAGAACGAUGCGGCUGCUCAACUGUGCUAUCCAUGGUAAUUUCAAAGUGGCUUACAAGUUUGCAAUUUCAUGUUUGAAGGAUCACAAAUUUUCCAGAUUUUUUUUGCUGUGAUCUUUAGUGAAAUCUACCAACACCACUAUUAUUUGAUUUAUUAUUUUGGCUGAUUCAUCUCCGGACAGUCGGAAGUGAAUUGUUUGUCCAAAAUAUGAUUUACGCUCCGGUUAUCGGAAGCUUAAUAUGUUUAUUAAGUCAAUAUCGUCACGCUUCAGUCAAUGUCUUAAUGUGCCAGGAAUCCAACACCAUGUGAUUUAUUUAUAUAUAGACAGUGUUGCCCGUAAUGGUUUAUCAUAAUGCCUUGCACAUUAAUUAAUUAUAUCCCGAUGAAACGAUAAAAUAAUAAAAUAUACACACUUUUAAAGAGCGAAUAACCAACGUUAAAACAUCAUAUUUGAGCAUAAACGUAUUAUAUAAGACAUUAAAGGCUUCAGACCCGUUACCAAAAUUUAAUCAAAUAACACAGCACAAGAGCUUUACUAUACGAAAUGCGGCUAUUCCAGAACAAUGUCACACAACACUAUCCAAAUCAUCUUAAAGAAAAAUAAAAGAAUAGAUAAAUACAGAAUCCCUAAAGAAAGCCCAACACGGCAAAAUUGAAAAUGUUGCAGGCUCGGUUUGAUUGAGCCUGUUCAUGGAAGUGCAAGUUACCGUCCACGCCCCCUAGCACCGGCUUAAGCAGAAUUCAACAUUUAACAUGAACUGGUGAAAUUUAGAAUUUUUGAAACAUCCGCAGAUGUGUUCAUAUGGCGGUUAUCAUGGAACCUUCAAUGUGACAUGUUAGUGCCAUUCCAUGAAAAGCGGCAUAUGGUCCCCAAGUAAAAAAAUGCGUGUGCCCUAAACGAGAAAACAAUGGGCGGAACUAAAUAAAAUUGAAUUUUGAAAGGGGAUCUGAGGUUAUGAAGCCUGCGUAUCACAGAUAAGGCGUCAAAAGACAAAUUUAAAAAGCAGGCAACAUAUCCUUAGGGUGAUUCAACAUUAUUCAAGAAGGAAUAUUGGAACCACCCAACUAGAAAAUGCCAAAAAGUUGAAACUAAAAAUACCACAAGCACAACAAUAAUGUCGUGCUGAACGAUCUUCAAGGAUCGAAAAUAUAACAUCAUUGAUUAAAUGUACGGGGAGACUUUUUACAGCCGCCACACGGCACAAAUAACACGGAUGUGAUCAUAAAAUAGAUAAAUACAGAAUCCCUAAAGAAAGCCCAACACGGCAAAAUUGAAAAUGUUGCAGGCUCGGUUUGAUUGAGCCUGUUCAUGGACGGUACUGUCAAGUGCAAGUUACCGUCCACGCCCCCUAGCACCGGCUUAAGCAGAAUUCAACAUUUAACAUGAACUGGUGAAAUUUAGAAUUUUGAAACAUCCGCAGAUGUGUUCAUAUGGCGGUUAUCAUGGAACCUUCAAUGUGACAUGUUAGUGCCAUUCCAUGAAAAGCGGCAUAUGGUCCCCAAGUAAAAAAAUGCGUGUGCCCUAAACGAGAAAACAAUGGGCGGAACUAAAUAAAAUUGAAUUUUGAAAGGGGAUCUGAGGUUAUGAAGCCUGCGUAUCACAGAUAAGGCGUCAAAAGACAAAUUUAAAAAGCAGGCAACAUAUCCUUAGGGUGAUUCAACAUUAUUCAAGAAGGAAUAUUGGAACCACCCAACUAGAAAAUGCCAAAAAGUUGAAACUAAAAAUACCACAAGCACAACAAUAAUGUCGUGCUGAACGAUCUUCAAGGAUCUUUUAAAACUUUAAAAGAUAAAUUUCUUCAAAACGAUCUUGUUUCCUGGUUUCUAAAAGUCAACUAAUGGAUAUGUUGAAAAAUUCAGAUUUUUUAUGACAGUGAAAUGCAAUAGUUCUUACACCGAUGCGUUUUGUCCAAAUUUGAAACCGGUUCUCCUUUAGGUGAAGAUAACAGGUUUACACAUGAUUUAAUUUUGCCUAGUUCCACUAUAUAAAAUCUCUGUAAACUACAGACAGUUGCACAGUUCACUAUUUGUUAUAUACGAGAUAAGAAAACAUUGUCUUUCCAUUUGAAGAAUAUGUAAAAAAAUUUUUGCUACAAAACCAGAAAUUGAAAAUUGGUCAUGAAGUGUAAUGCUGAUGUAUGUUAAUGUUUUUUUAUGUACAUGUACUUGUGAUUUUAUCGACGACUCGAACAAUAAAUCGUGUCAUUUCUCAGUUAAUCAUGCAUCUUAUUCAAAAUCAUGUAAGACUAGGUAGCCGAUUAACCAUAUUCUAUAAGGAUAAAGAGGCUUUUCACAUAGAAAUAAUUACUUGACCGCCAAUUUUGAAGUCGUUUACAAUAUAUCAUAUACUUUAAUAGAUAUGAUCAAAAAUCUCUCAUUAUUCUAAAGAUCUUUUUACAUUUUGGUACUAUGAUAAAAUGUUGGUGCAUAUGUAUAUAAAAAUGACAAUAUAAGUAAAUCAAAUAAUUAUAUUACUUUUCCGGCCGAAUGACGUCUCAAAUAAGUUUGACUUUGCAGGAACUGAAUAUAAGAAUUUUCAUAGGUCAUUUUAUUUUAACUUUCCAGCUAUGAUAAUUAAGUUCUGUUUAACCAUAGUUCAUCCCAUAAGAUAUUUUACACUACAUUUAGAUCUUAUUACAUUUUAAAUUGAAUAGUUUAUUUUACAUAAGAACGUACGAGUUUUCUACACAUUUUGUCAAGAUUUUACGGAGAUAUAAAUUUUAAUAUCUGAACUUAUCAGGUACCCUCAAUUUAUGAUGUCUAUAAAUUAGUGUCUAAUAUAGUAUAUGAUCAUUGAUGUGUGCAAAUGAUAUAAUGUGAAUAAUAUUAAUAUAUUUUUGCAUAUUUGUCAAUUAUUUAUAAAUAUAAUUGCUUACCGACUG